AUGUUUUCCAACCUGACCAACAUCGUCCAAAAAGCCCAGCAGCUCAUCGAUCCUACCCAGGGGCUCAAUCUCUCCAGCUCCGACCGCAAUCCCUCCAAGUCGUCCCUUUUCCAGAGCCAAUUCCGCCUCCCCUCCUCACAGACGCCCCUCUACGAGAUCAACGCCGAGCUUACUAUCCCACCUUCCAACGUUACCCACGGCGAUAAGGAUCACGACCGAGGAUGGCACUAUGCUGGAAAGCUGCACUUGUCUGAGCACUUCAUGUGCUUCUCGACAACCCCCACUAGCUUCCUCCAAUCUGCCAGCACAUCAACUUCAACCGCUUUCACCGGUCAGACCCACGGCGGAGGCCCCAGCGGCAACGGCUUUAGCUUUCCCCUGUGCGCCAUCCGGAGAGUUGAGCGUCUAAACAGCCAGAAUUUUCAGUUUGCGCUGGCCAUCACGACUUGGAAUGGCCUCCUAAGCGAACCCUCCAAAGAUAAAGAAUCCAAGAACAACAAAGAUGCUCGGGAACAGCGCAUCACCAUCCAUCUUGCCGGUACCAGGCAAGCCUGCGAGCGCUUCUGCGACGGUCUCAAAAAGGGCCUCCGCGCAGGGGUUGGCAACGUGGGUAAGCUGCGACGAGUCGUCGCCGAGUGCUACUCUGAGCAUCUCCUGAGAACCGAAGACAAGAAGAACGUUUCCCCGCCGGAUGCAGGCUUGGGAAUGGUCUUUCGAUAUCCUGGCGACCCAAAGAAGCUUCGUGAUAGGGCCAAGAUGCGCCUCUGGGCCGAAUACCUGCGCGACAACGGCAGAAACUUUACAUUAAUCCGCCAGCCCACCUUCCACAAGCUCAUCCGAGUUGGUUUGCCCAACCGUCUCAGGGGUGAGAUCUGGGAGCUCACCUCGGGCUCCAUCUACCUACGGCUGGAGAACCCCAGCCUAUAUACUGAUACGCUGUCCAAGUUCGAGGGCCAGGAGUCGCUCGCUAUCGACGAAAUCGAAAAGGACCUUAACCGCAGUCUUCCCGAGUACCCCGGCUUCCAGAGCGAAGAUGGUAUCGGCCGGUUACGUCGGGUGCUAACAGCAUACAGCUGGGUUAACGCCGAAGUCGGAUACUGUCAAGCCAUGAACAUUGUCGUGGCCGCCCUGCUCAUUUACAUGUCCGAGGCUCAAGCCUUCUUUCUCCUCUCUGCGCUCUGCGACAGGCUUGUCCCCGGUUACUAUUCCACAACUAUGUACGGCACUCUACUCGAUCAGAAAGUGUUUGAAUCUUUGGUCGAGAGAACCAUGCCCAUUCUCUGGGAACAUCUCGUCAAGAGCGAUGUUCAGCUAUCGGUUGUGUCACUCCCCUGGUUCUUGUCGCUCUACAUCAACUCGAUGCCACUUGUUUUCGCCUUCCGUGUUCUGGACGUGUUCUUUGUCGAGGGGCCAAAGGUCUUGUUCCAGGUUGGAUUGGCCAUCUUGCGCAUCAACGGCGAAGAGCUAUUGGAUGCCGCAGAUGACGGCGCAUUCAUCUCGGUGCUCAAGUCGUAUUUUGCCCGGCUAGACGAAUCAGCUCACCCCAAGUCGGAGAACCCCAAGCUACGGGCUGUGACGCGAUUCCAGGAGCUCAUGGUCGUGGCGUUUAAGGAGUUUGCGGGCAUCACACACAGUAGCAUAACAGAGCUGCGCCUCAAGAACAAGGACGCCGUCCUCAAUAACAUUGAGAACUUCGCCAAAAGGACAGCCAUUCGCAACUUGGGUCCCGACAGCAAGUUGCUGAGUACAGAUGAGCUCGGAUCGCUCUAUGACCGGUUCUACAACAUCCUGUAUGAUCGCCAACAACGAGAUCACAUCAUUCAACAGGAAAAGAUCCGGCGAGCAAGGGCAAGCAGGGUACGCGCCUCGGAGUUAUUCACCACUCAUCACGACGAAGUGGAGAAGGGACGUGUAGGCUUGGGCCCAAGCACGAGCUUGAUGGACUACGAUGCAUUCCGCGAGUUCCUUGCUAGCAUGUCGAAAUGGGCCAUCUCCGACUCACCCAGCUCGGCGAGACAUAGCAACAACGAGGACCGGCAUGGCAUGUUUAACAGCGCACGACGGCCGUCUGAUAUGUCACCUUGGGGCACUGGCCCUGAACCAGCCAGCCACGAGUUUCUCGAGCGGCUAUUCAGGAAGUGGGAUGUAGACGGCACCUCGGCCCUGACCCUCCAGAACGUUGUCACGGGUCUGGCACAGAUCAAAGGGAAGCGUGACAUCAUGGGUACUAUCACGUACUUUUUCGAGCUCUACGACGAUGACCAGGAUGGUAAGGUGGACCGCGAGGGUAUCCUGCGGAUAUCUGAGGCUUUGCUCUUCCUUUCGCGUCGUGGCCUUGAAGGCACACUGAGCCCCAGUUCCUCCAGCAUCUUGGAAAGCGAUGCAGCAAGCGGGCACGAGUCCCAGACUAGCUUGCCCCAUGGGGUUUCGAAUAACGAGCGAUUCCUCGGGAGCGUGAGUGCCUUUAUCCGGCGAUGCUUCGAGUAUGCCGACCCGGCCAGUGGACAGAAUGAAGAGGCGCUGGUCACACCAGUGGACGAAAGCGCCAACGAUGAUGCCUUUGCGAUCGGGGACGAUGAUGACGGCGAGGAUCUUCUGGGUCUUGAAUCACCGACCGGAACGCCUACAAAGGCCAAGCGGCCUAGUCUUUCAGCAGAGAGUUCCCUGGACGCACCUAAGGGCGCAGACCUGGCGUCGCGACGUAGGGUGUCACAGGCAAAGUCUGAAGCUGCCAAUGUGGCCCUGGACCCUGCGCAUCCUCUGCACCUCACAUUGCCAACCUUCAGGAUGGUUGUUCUCGCUGACGAGUUGCUGGAACAAUUCUUUGAGUCGUCGUUCCCCGCGUCCUUCCACAUCAUCGAAGGACUGCCAAGCUCUGUGUCAUCCACGCCGUCUCUUACAACAUUUUCCAGCCUCGGCUUCGGUGCCAGACCUCCGGUCCCUCCUCCAGCUGGUCCUCCAGGAGCGGGACGUGGUCUCCGUGGUGUCCUUGACAACAUUGUCACGGAUGGAAUGCGAGUCGCAACUGAGGUUCGAAGACGCAUGGAAGAGGCUCAGAAGGAACUCGAGAAGAAUGCACUGCCUGGUCAACGGCAAGAUGAUGAUGACGACGACGAUGACGAUGUCGGCGUUGAAGUAGGAGUGAGGAAGGGACCUGCAGGUACCAGCACAGAUAUAGAGCGACGGUCAGUGAGGAGCUCAGACAGGGACCUAUUAGACGGGGCAGAUGCGGAGGCUGGCGAGUCAGCCAAGGCGCAGGGCCAACAGAGCUUGCUGGAUGUUGAUCCAAGUGAAGGGCGACCACGGGCUGGUACCGCCACCUCGACGGGAGGGUCAGCUGUGGUUGAAUUUGAGGGAUAA